UUAGAUGAGAGAGAAAGCAAAUAAGUACGUACAUACCCAAUUAUGCAACAUAAGACAACUCUAGUUAAUUAACAACUGACCAACUAACGACAGCGAAACCCAAAAGAAUUAAGAGAGAAAAAGACAGAAAGGAAGGAAGAGCUGCUGCUUCCUUCCUUCGUUCGUUCGUUCGUUGGUUGUUCCAAUGUAUUUGGUCUAAAUAUUUACAUUUGCAGUAUUGAUUGUUGAUUGUUGAAGCCUGAGAUGGGGAGGACAGGGAAAUGGUUAAAGAGUUUUUUGAUAGGUAAAAAAGACAAGAAUGUGAAUAAAGAUCUAAAGGCUAAUGAAACCAAUAAGCAGUCAAUUUCAAUAGAUCAGGAGACUUCUACAACUCCUCCGGUGACGUUACCGAGGCCUACGACACCUAAGGAAAAGAAACGGUGGAGCUUUCGUAGAUCGUCUGCAAGCAGUAAUACAAAGGAGAAGGAGAAGGAUCCUAAUACUGCUGCUGCCACAGCCGCAUUGCCGCCACAGAAUUCUGAUGCCGUGGUGGUUGUGCAGCGAGUUUUGACAGUAGCUCAGCCAGAGACGGAGGUAGAAGAGGUAGCAGCUGAUACUGAUGUUGCAGCCAAUGCAACAGUUGUAGAUGCAGAGGUGACAGCUGCAGUGAUCGAUCAAAGUAGUUCCACCGAAGGUAAAGAUGAGGCUAUUGAGGAGGCUGCUGCUGUCAAGAUUCAGUCCAUGUUUCGCUCUUAUUUGGCAAGGAAGGCGCUCAAGGCACUACGAGGACUGGUGAAGUUGCAGGCCUUGGUAAGGGGUCACCUGGUACGAAAGCAGGCAACAGCGACAUUGAGAUGUAUGCAAGCGCUCGUCACAGCUCAAGCCCGAGCUCGAGCUCAGAGGAUCCGAUCAGCGGAUGACGAGAGCAUCAUAAACCAUAGGCAGUCUACCCACAGAAGAAACAGCCAAGAGAAGAUCAAGCACGCUUAUCAUGACAUGGAGGAGAAUGUGAAGAUAGUAGAAAUGGAUGAAGGAGAAUUUGGGUCAAAUGUGAACAGUAGGAGUAGCUACUCAAUUCCAAGUCCAAGGCACAUGAAUGAUCGGAUGGACAAUCGAAUAUCAGUGUAUUAUUCUUCUCAAAGGGAAAACUCGAAACAGGACUACCAACAAUACUCACCUGCUCCUUCAGCCAUUACUGACCUGAGUCCAAGAACAUGCAGUGGGCACUUUGAAGAAUAUUCUUUUGCCACAGCACAGAGCAGUCCACAAUGCUACACUGCAAUGUCGCGGCCAGACCCAUCAAGGGCUCCAUUCUCAUUCCCUAACCCUGAUUAUGCAGAGACAAUGUCGUAUGAAUUCCCUUUUUACCCCAACUACAUGGCCAAUACUCAAUCUUCUAGAGCUAAAGCACGGUCCCAAAGUGCGCCAAAGCAAAGGCCAGAGUUGGAGAGGCAACCAAGUCGUGGGCGGAGGCCCUCUGUUGAAGGGAGGAAUAUACCUAAGGGUGCCAAGAUGCAACGUUCCUCCUCCCAAGUCGGGUCUACUGGACAGAACUACCAUUACCCUUGGUCUGUCAAGCUUGAUAAGUCCACUGUUUCACUUAAAGAUAGUGAGUGUGGAUCCACUUACUCGGUGGCUAGUAAUGCUUACUACUGCAGAUCCGUUGUAUCAUAUGAUCCAAGAUGCUAGAGCUGCUCUUUUCUUGCUAACUCAGAUCAGAUGUCUAACACUGCUUUAGUCACAGAAGUAGAGCGCUCAGAAGGAUUAAGCGUCCAAAGGUUGUUUAAAGUUGUUUCUAUUUGGUUUGUUUGUGAUUUGCAAAGUGUGCAAUAUAUCAAAGUUUUCUAUUUCUAGAUUUCAUGUUAUUGAAGUUAUUUAUGUGUUCUUGGAUGAUGUAAUAGUUAAAAAAAAAAAAAAAAAAAACAACGAUGUGCCGUGUACACAGAGUCAGCUAUGUAUAGCGUUUAUUGGGAUGUUUAAAACAGUAAAGUUGUCAGCA